CUCUACUCAACUUUUGCCUUCAUUGCUUUUGACUCAACCCAUAUUUUGCACCUACCCCUAUUUCACCUCUACUCGACUUUUACCUCAAAUCAACUUUAUUGCAUUUUGCCUCUAUGUUACUUUGACUCUACCCCCAUAUUGCCUCUAUCCCAAUUUUGCCUCUGUCCCUAUUUUGCCUAUAUCCCCAUUUUGCCUCUAUGUUACUUUACCUCUACCCCAUUUUGUCUCUAUCGCGAUUUUGUCUCUGUCCCCAUUUUGCCUCUAUCCCCAUUUUGCCUAUAUCCCCAUUUUGCCUCUAUCCCCAUUUUGCCUCUAACCCCAUUUUGCCUCUACCUUAUUUUGCCUCUAUCCCGAUUUUUUCUCUGUCCCCAUUUUGCCUCCAUCCCCAUUUUGCCUCUAUCCCAAUUUUGCCUCUACCCCAUUUUGCUUUUAUGUGACUUUGCCUCUAUCUCCAUUUUGCCUCUAACCCAAAGUUGCCGUUACCCUAUCUUGCCUCUAAAUUACUUUUGCCUCUACCCCCAUUUUGCCUCAUCCCCAUUUUGCCUCUACCCCAUUUUGCUUAUAUCCCCAUUUUGCCUCUAUCCCUAUUUUGCCUCUGUGUUAAUUUGCCUCUACCUCCUUUUAUCUCUAUGCUACUUUUGCAUCAAUUCUAUUUUGCCUCUACCCUAUUUUGCCUCUAUGCUACUUUUACUUCAACCACCUUUUCCCUCAACCAAAUUUUGGCUCUACUUUAUUUUGCCUCUACCCCAUUUUUGCUUUUCCACAUUUGCCUCUACACACUGUCUAUUUUCAAAUUGAUCAUGAUUUUACAAUAGAAUUUCUAUGUAUCAUGUCUAUUUUCUUUUACUCCUGGCAUCUUUAUGUACAUUAUGUCCAUCGUCUGAGAGAUCUAACAUUUUUUAUAUUGAAGUUAUCAGGAAAUCCAUUUUUCAAUUCUACUCAAUC